UAAGAUAAGAAAAUUUAUAAAGAUAUAAAAGUAAUUUUUAUUAAAGUUUUAUGCAUAUUAAUUAGUGAACAUUGUGUAUUUCUACAUAACCGAUACAUUUCAUUGCUUAAGAAUCAGUUCACCGUUGAUAAUGAAUAAGGCAACUUCAUUAAUUAUUUUAGUGUUACUUGUUAGUCAAGGAAUCAAUGGCUGUUUUUACGAUCUAUUUAAUGGAAUAAGUAGCGAUAAUACCUUACAAUUUUCGGGUUCUUCACACUUAUCCGAAAGAUUUAUCAGUCAGAAUACAAAAUACGUAAUCUUGCGGAAUAAUGGAAUCAAAAGCAUCGCCAAUGGGGCAUUUUCUGGUUUGCCGCGAAUGAAGGUAUUGGAUUUAUCCAACAAUAAUCUUUUGCCAAAGGACUUUUUUGCUUUUGGACAUCACAAAAACGUAGAAGCAAUAAUUUUUGACGACAACUUCCACGAGAACGCAUCUUCUACGGACUUGGAAAUUAAAAUAUCUCACAACUAUCCAAAGCUUAAGUUUCUUUCUCUUCGCAACGUUGGAUUGAUAACCAUCUCAUCGGACUUUAGCACAUAUUUUGUUGGUCUAUCUCACUUGGACUUGUCCCGCAACAAUUUAAAUCACAAGGAUGUGUUUACUCACUUACCAGACACAGUACAGUCACUUUGCAUUGAAAAUAGCGGUUUCUCUAGUAUUAGCACUACAUCGUCCUAUUCCUUAACAAAUAUUCGUAACAUUUCUCUAAAUCAUAAUAAUAUUGGUGAUGUAGUACUUACUGGUGCUCAUGGAAAGUGCGAUUCAAGUGCCAAUCCAAUUGUUUGCUUACGCCUACCACACGUUACAACUUUCCUCGCAGCAAACUGUAGUCUAAGUAUAUUCGUAGUGAAGGAAAAACUACCUAUGAAAAAAUUAGAUUUAUCGAGCAAUCAGAUUUACUAUUUAAGUAACGAUAGCUUAGUUUAUUUAAAUGUACUGAAACACUUGAAUAUUGGAAAUAAUCCAUUAUCCGGUAUGUUAGGUAUGUCACUGUUGCCUCGUUUAGAGGUGUUAAUCAUGGAUAAUGUAAAUUCAACAAUGGCUGAGGUGUUUAUUUAUUCGAUUUUCAAUACACGUAUAAAAUAUCUUUCAAUUAGUGGUAAUUUACUUAAAGAGUUACCUAACCACAUGAUGAAAAACUUCAAAAAUGCAGUCGAGCUGAAUUUAUCAAAUAAUUUGCUCAAAUCAUUGGACUUGGAUCAAAAUGUGUCAAAUUUGUAUAGUCUUGUGCAUGUAAAUGUAAGCGACAAUAUUAUUGAGGACCUGGGAUUUGUUAAAUUGAGGCGUCACUAUCAUGUACAAUUAUUAGACAUCAGAAGAAAUCCAUUGACAAGUUUGAACAUAUCAUCGUUUAGUGGGGUACAGAGAAACACCAAUGUUUUAUUAUCUUCUACUUGUAGUUAA